AUGAUCAUAAUGAACAGCAUUUAUGAUUUAGCUAUAGUGACUUUGGCUAAAGCUUUCCAGAAAAACACCAAAUUACAACAACAACAACAACAAGUACAUCUAUAUGGUUCAGAAGAUGCUCUUGUUGCUGCCAACCAUUGGUUUGAUGUUGGUGCUUUUGCUGCUGCUGAUGAUGAUGAUGAUGACGAUGAUGAUGAUGAUGACGAUGAUGAUGAUGAUGAUGGUGGUGUCCGGAUUAAACGGAUUACAGAUCUGAACAGUAGAGAUGAUAACGAUAGCUGGACCGGUUAG